GUCGCCAGCACCGAGAUGUCACUGCAGCAAAACACUACUGGUUCUGCCUCCAGUUCGGGCGCCGCCAGUGUUUCAGCCAGGUCCAAUCAAAGAUCUUUGGGUUCAAUCGUUCAAUGUAAACAUUGCAAGGGGUGUAUAAUUAUAAUCGAUUUGAAAAUCUACUUUACAAAGGUGGUUUAUGAAAUGACAUACUGUUUGACUUACUUAUUGUUAGCAUUAAGCAGUCAUGUUUAUCAUGUGAUUGCAAAACCUCCUAACAUUGUAUUUAUAUUGGCUGAUGACUAUGGUUUCCAUGACAUUGGUUAUCACGGAUCAGCUAUCAAAACUCCAGUCCUUGAUCAACUUGCUGCUGAAGGAGUGAAGCUUGAGAAUUACUAUGUGCAACCAAUAUGCUCACCAACACGGAGCCAGCUUAUGACAGGCAAAUACCAGAUCCAUACUGGCUUGCAACAUAGCAUUAUAUGGUGUCCUCAGACAAGUUGCCUACCAGACAAUGAUGUUACUAUAGCACAAAGAUUGAAGUCUCUGGGAUAUUCAACACAUAUUGUGGGUAAAUGGCAUAUUGGAUUUGCUAGAAAGAAGUGCUGGCCCACAAGAAAAGGGUUUGACUCCUUUUUUGGAUAUUUGACAGGUCAGGCAGAUUACUAUACUCAUGUACAAGAAGGUGUUUCUAUGCCUGGUUUUGAUGUGCCUAAGGACUGGCAUUAUGGAGUUGACAUGAGAGAUAAUGAUAAAGCAGUAAAGUCAUUAAAUGGUACCUAUGGUACAUUCAUCUUUGCGGACAAAGCUCAUGAUGUCAUUAUGAAUCAUAAUGUUUCAAAGCCUUUGUUUUUGUACAUGGCAUUGCAAGCUGUGCAUGCACCAUUGCAAGUGCCUGACCACUACAAGAUGCCAUAUGCAUAUAUGAAAGACAGUAACAGAAGUACAUAUGCUGGGAUGGUAGCUAGUAUGGAUGAAGCAGUUGGCAACUUAACUCAAUCAUUGAAAAAGAGAGGAUUAUGGGAAAAUACAAUUGUUGUUUUCUCUACAGAUAAUGGAGGAGAAAUACAUCAGGGUGGUAACAACUGGCCACUUCGAGGAUGGAAACACUCACUAUGGGAAGGUGGAAUACAUGGUGUUGGCUUUAUAAGUGGUCCUCUGGUACCAAAGAAAGUACAGGGAAGUGUGUACAAUGGUCUGAUGCAUGUUAGUGAUUGGUUCCCAACUCUGGUAGAAGGUGUUGCUGGUGGUGAAAUUCAUGACCUAAAGCUCGAUGGACACAAUAUGUGGAAAAGUAUCAGGUAAUUCAAGCUGGAUAGCACCACCAGAGUCUGAUAUAAAAGCACCCAUACCAACUGAUCCCAAAGACAAGACUUUAUGGCUUUUCAACAUCAUAGAUGACCCAUAUGAGUAUAAUGAUUUGUCUGAACUUCGACCUGAUAUAGUCAAUGAGCUUUACCAGCGGCUAGUAUUUUAUGCUAAUGGUUCUUUACCUGUAAAUUUUCCUCCUCCUGAUGUAAGAGCCAAUCCUGCCCUUCACGAUGAUAUGUGGAGUGAUUGGAUUUAUGAUGAAUAGCAACUUCACCUUUUAAUGGAAUCAGCAAAGUAAUGGUCAAAGGCAAUUUUUAGCCCACUCAUUACUGUAAUUUUUGGUAGGCUUUAUUGAAAUUAAAAGUAUGAAAAGUUUUUGUGGAAAAGUGAGGUGGGAAUUUGGGAAAGUAAUGUUUUUGCGCAUAUCCCAUGUAUUGAAUAUAGGACGGAUUAUCAUAUGAAAUUAUGUUGUUUAUUGGUUAGAUUUCUAUCAUAGAGCGUAAAUAAACAAAUUACGACCGGUCUUUUA